AUGUUCAGGUCAGUGGUGAAGCAAGCAACCAUUUUCAAUAGGCCAAAUUGGGAGCUACAACAAUGGCGAGUAAUAAGAGUGAAGGUUAGGAACAACAACUUAGACCAAGCAUUGUUUUUAAUGCAGAGGAAAAUGCAGUCUAGUGGAACGGAAAGGCUUAUAAAGCUUGAGCAGUUACACCAUAUUAAGAAUUCGGAGAAGCGGGUAUUAGCUCGUAAGAUUCUUGAACAUAAAAUACAUUCUCAAGAACUGGCUCGUAAGCUCAAAUCCAUACUCAUCAAGAAAGUUAGGUAUAAAUAA